UCUCCAGUGGCUCUAAUGUGGCACUUCAAAUCAGAUCGGGUUACCCGCAUCGAUCUGAAGGAGUUACAGUUUUGCCCUUGAAUUGAAUAUUAACCGUGUCUAUAAAUUAACCCACCCUGAACAGUCCUUCCCGCCAUAAUUCUUCUGAGAAAAAAAAGAAACAAAACAAAACAUGAAUUCUAAGGUCAGCUCCUUUUGCUUGAUCGUCUUCCUCCUCCUCUUCUUCACCUUAUCUCCCGCCGCAGGCGUUCGGCCGGAGCCCACCGCAGCUCAAGUUCAGCAUCCGAAUGCCCCAAUCAGAACUUUAAAUCCGGAUACUGAAACAGAGAGGGUUGAAGCUGAUGAUAUAUGUGGAGGAAUUAAAGAAGAAGAAGAAGAAGAGUGUUUGAUGAGAAGAACACUUGCAGCUCACGUGGAUUACAUCUACACCCAGAAGACCAAUCCUUGAGCCAUAGCCUCUCUUUCUCAUAAAUUUUGGAUUUCAUCUGUGUCAUGUUGUUUCAGACACAUAGUUAAUAUACACGGUUUGAUUAUUCUUUCAUGUUGGAGGAAAUUUUGUGGUUGUUUUAAGUUAAACCAGUACUGUAAUAUGUGCUAUAGAAGAUACUACUGAAAAUAUUAUUUUA